AUGAACGAAAUGCGCACCAGAGGUCUCACUGGCCGCCAAGUCAUUGCCCUCCUCAUGAUGGUCGGAGCCCAACUCAUCGUCACGGUCGUCAUGUUGCAAAUGAUGUUGAAUGGUGGGGGUGAGGGGGCCGGGAUGGGUGUUGCGGAUGUCCUUGCGGUUGUGCAGGUGCCGUUUGCUGGGGCGCCGUAUACGGUUGGGAUGAGUGCGGGGGAUCAUGGUGGUGUGUUGGGGGAGGGGUUUGUUAUGGGUAAGGGAGAUAAGGGCAAGGGAGAUGAGGGGGUGGUGAUUAAUGAGGGAAGGAUUAAGGGAAUGGAUGGUGUGCAUAAAGUGGAUGAAAUGGAUGCUUCGGAAUACUUGCUCAGUGUUAAACAAAAGAUCACGCAGCGUAUUACUUGUCAUCGGACUUUUAUCACGGAGAAAAAACAUGGUUUGGUUAGGGUUCUGUGGGAGGUUAUUGAGGGGGUUUAUGAGCUGGAGGAGUUGGUCCGGGAAUCGGUUGUUUUGGAUGGUGCUUCUAGUGCUACUUCUGCUCCUGCUUUCACCGAUGCAGUAAAUGGAGAUGGAGAUGGAGACGGAGAUUCUAACACCGACAAAAACUUCGAUCGCAACACAAACGAUCCUUUGAGAGAUGACACCAAAGACGGCGAGAAAGCAUGGACAGAAUUUAACUGGAAAGAAGGACGAGUAAUAGGAUUUCGCCAGGAAGUGGAGGAGAAGAUGGAGAAGAGUGAUUUUGACGGGGUAUUGAAGAUGGUAAAGAGUGGACUUACGGAGGCGAAAACAAAGAUUGGAAAGGACGAGUCUGAGAAGGGUGAUGAGAAGAUGGUAGAGAAGAUGUUGAUGGUUGAAGAGAGUAGGGAGAAGGUUCAGCGGGGCUUACAGGCUUCAAGGGAGAUUCUGCGCGAAAUGGAGGAGGAAAUGAGGAAUAUGGAGGGUUGGUUGAGGGGUAUGGAGGGGGUUUUGGGAGAGGUUGUUGGGGAGUUUUUGGGGGGUUUGCGUUUGUGA